AGAGGAAACGGAGAAGGCGUAGGGCUGUAAGACCAGUCAGAGGACGAGGAAAGGCAGGGGGAGGUGGGACGAAAGGAAUAACCAAUAGAAACGCAGUUGCCUGAACCUCCUGGCCAAUGAAUAUGACUGAAGAGUGAACGACCGCGGAAGGGCGGAGGAGGAGCCGGAGCCUCUGCCUUGCCCCCCAGAGACUGAAGACAUGGCACCCAAGAGGGCCAAGAGAAGGACAGUAGAGGGCGGAAGCUCCAGCGUCUUCUCCAUGUUCGACCAGACUCAGAUCCAGGAGUUCAAGGAGGCCUUCACCGUGAUCGACCAGAACCGUGAUGGUAUUAUAGACAAGGAGGACCUUCGGGACACCUUCGCAGCCAUGGGCCGCCUCAAUGUGAAGAAUGAGGAGUUGGACGCCAUGAUGAAGGAAGCCAGCGGUCCCAUCAACUUCACCGUCUUCCUGAACAUGUUCGGGGAGAAGCUCAAGGGUGCUGACCCUGAGGAUGUGAUCACUGGAGCCUUCAAGGUCCUGGACCCUGAGGGAAAGGGCACCAUCAAGAAGAAGUUCCUGGAGGAGCUGCUGACCACGCAGUGUGACCGCUUCUCCCAGGAAGAGAUCAAGAACAUGUGGGCGGCCUUCCCCCCCGACGUGAGCGGCAACGUCGACUACAAAAAUAUCUGCUACGUCAUCACGCACGGCGACGCCAAGGACCAGGAGUAGGGGCCCCCGCGGGCCUCCGCUGGCCGACGCUUCUGUUUGGCCCGACCUCCACCCCGGCUCCCAAUAAAAUUUCACUGGUCUUUGUUUCUUA